UCGUUUCUCAUCAAGUAAGCAACCGGCUAAUUCCCAACGUCCACUGGGUAUAUUUGGCUUUUAUUUUAAAAACUUUAGUCUACCAGUUUGAUACAUCAUGGAGAAAAGACCAAUCAAAUUUGGAAUUAUUCUUACUUUGGCUGUUUCAGCACUCCUUUUCUUUGAUGAUGUUGUGCCUGCUUCCCAUUUACGGAGGGCAACACCCAGCAGCAAUGACAAGACCACCCCAGCUACGCUGUCCGCCUACUACAUAUGCGUCAGAAUCACCAACCGGAUUUACACUGAGUCACUCAAUAAUCAAAGCUCUAAGGAGUACAAACAGCUGAGGAAACAGGUGGAGCAGAUGGUGGAUGACGUCCACAGCCCUUUGCCAGAGUCUGACAAAUAUAUGGGUGUAUUUGAUAUAAUCUUCAGUAAUGGAUCCGUCAUUGCAAACUCGACAGUAAUGUUUGGGACUACAUUCAUGAUCACUCCAGCUUUGGUUAAAAGUCUAUUUUCCACUCAUAUCCAAUCAAAUAAAUCCAAAACCCUUGACCUGGACCUCACCUAUACUGAAGGUCAACUUCCAAUAAAAGCCACACUACCUCUUGUAGCACGUACCACAGCAACCGCAGCUGCCUUAGUUAGUACCCUCACAAACACCACCACUAGUCAUGACAAAAACAAUACAUUUAGCAACAUAACCACCCCUAGUACUGAAGACCAUAACAGUACAAUUAGCAACAUAACCACCCAUAUUCCUGGAGACCAUAACAAUACAAUUAGCAACAUAACCACCCCUAGUCCUGGAGACCAUAACACUACAAUUAGCAACAUAACCACCCCUAGUCCUGGAGACCAUAACACUACAAUUAGCAACAUAACCACCCCUAGUCCUGGAGACCAUAACACUACAAUUAGCAACAUAACCACCCCUAGUCCUGGAGACCAUAACACUACAAUUAGCAACAUAACCACCCGUAUUCCUGGAGACCAUAACAUUACAAUUAGCAACAUAACCACCCCUAGUCCUGGAGACCAUAACACUACAAUUAGCAACAUAACCACCCGUAUUCCUGGAGACCAUAACAUUACAAUUAGCAACAUAACCACCCCUAGUCCUGGAGACCAUAACACUACAAUUAGCAACAUAACCACCCGUAUUCCUGGAGACCAUAACACUACAACUAGCAACAUAACCACCCCUUCUCCUGGAGACCAUAACAUUACAAUUAGCAACAUAACCACCCCUAGUCCUGGAGACCAUAACACUACAAUUAGCAACAUAACCACCCGUAUUCCUGGAGACCAUAACACUACAACUAGCAACAUAACCACCCCUGCUCCUAGAGACCAUAACAUAACAAUUAGCAACACAGCUAACCCUAUUACCCCUAAAAAUCCUUCCCAGACCAUUAGCACGACUGUCUUUCGUAAAACCUUUGCCCCUACUGAGAGAGCAACAAGCAGGUAUAAGACCACAGAGCAUGCUGCAGCUGUAGUUGCUGGGGCCGGAGAGGAAGUCCCAGGAUGGGGGAUCGCUCUAUUGGUACUGGCUGCCCUGAUCUUGUUAAUCCUCCUUAUUCUCCUAAUACUUCUGCUAGUGUGGUUGUGCUGUAGGCAGAGAUAUGGAAGCUUCAGCCCAUAUAGCCAGAUCAACCACGGGGCAGACGUCCAAAUGUACUCCACACACAGCCGCUUCAACGUGCCCAACGGCAAGCUUAAUGACGAAAUAGGAGAACCAUCGAAAAAUCAAACAGGGAUGUAUGUGGUGAACGAGUACUGACACACAGGUACGAAGCUCCAGUCAAUUGGGUAAGAAGACCAUCUGAAAUGGCCUUAUGAAGUAAUAUGCAUGGGAGCAAUGACAAUUCUGUACAAAUGGUCCAAUUAUCUCUGAAGUAUCUGAAUGAAGACCGUGGCUUUGGCUCACUGAUUGUAAUUUCAACCUGUAUUUAUUCAAAUCAAAUCACAUUUAUUUAUAAAGCCCUUUUUACCUCAGCCGAUGUCACAAAGUGAUAUACAGAAACCCAGCCUAAAACCCCAAACAGCAAGCAAUGCAGAUGUUCUAAUGUUAUUUUAUUCCUAAUGCUUUUACCAGUGGAGGCUGCUGAGGGGAGGAUGGCUCAUAAUAAUAGCUGGAAUGGAGUCGAUGUAAUGGUAUCAAGCACAUCAAACACCUGGUUUCCAUGUAGUCGUUACCAUUCCAUUCUAUUAUUCUGUACGUAAAUCCGAGACACUCCAUUUAGUAUAUGUUACUCCUCCCCGACCAUUAAAAGGUAUCAUAUGUCUUGACGUGCUCAGAAAUACGUAAAGUAUGUUUUGAAUGGCUCUGAGGCCAGGCUGGCAAUUUUGGCUUCAUUGUGGCAAUAGUUUGAGUUGUAUUUUCAGUCUUUACUGAAGGCAAGCUAAACCUUGGUAAAAAAGAAAGCUGAUCCUAGAUCAGUAAAUGGGGUCAACAUAUGUAUCCUGCAAUUAACAUGUAAGAAGAAUGAGUAAGGGUGCAAUACCCAAUCAGGUACAGUUAACAAGAAGUUCAUUGUUUUCAAAGACUAUAAAUCCAACCUUUUGACUUGGGCUGAGAGAUCCAAAUCUAAUUCCCUACCGCUGGAUAAGACAUGUUUUGAGAUAGGAGACUAGCAUGCCAAAAAGUUAACCAUUCCACAAACACAACCCAGUGAGUAAAACACCAAUGUUAUGUAUAUUUGACAAUCUGAUUAAAUAAAUCCACCAUUAUUAAUCAAA